AGAUUCCCCUCUCUUCACUUCUCCUCCUCCUUCUUCUCUUCAACCCACAGCACAACAGAGGGAAGUGUUGGAUUCCACUCACACAGCGAAUAGAAAUACCCCAGGAGCCAAAGCCAACAGCUCUGGCUUCAGAUCAGAUUUACACCUUUUCACUCAAUAAAGUUGUGCUUUAGUCUGCUGAGGUCUGGAGACUACCAUGGUUGACAGCAUGGACUUGGAGAAGCAGCAGAAGCGUUACUGCAUCCGUGGUAUGCAUGUGGUCAUCAUUUGUGUGACGGUGGUGGUGUGCUCUUUGGCGGUGGGCCUUGGGGUGGGCCUCUCCAAGUCAGACACGACUACCAUCCUCCCCACCCUCACCACGCCAGGCACCACAGCAGGGCCCACACAGCCUCCUCCGCUGGGCAGAGGGCCCUGCAAGCCGUCCACUGACUCCAAUGGAGACUGGAAGAAUUUCCGUCUGCCCAGCUACGUGAAACCCAUCCACUAUGACCUGAAUCUGGAGCCAGACUUUGGCGACGACACCUACACGGGCACCGUGGACAUCCACGUGGAAGUCAGCAAGGCCACUCGCCAUCUGUGGCUCCACAUCAGGGAGACGUUUGUCAGUGCGGUGCCCAGGCUGAAGCUGCUGAACAGCGAGGGAGGUCAGAAGGAGCUGCAGGUGAAGCACUGCUUUGAAUACAAACCUCAGGAGUACGUUGUGGUAGAGGCUGCAGAGAUGCUGCCCAUCACUGCCCAAGGAGAGGUGUAUGUGCUUAGCCUGGACUUCCAGGGCUGGCUCAAUGGCUCUGUGGUAGGAUUCUACAGAGUCAUAUACACUGAGGAGGGUCGCACUAAGAAGAUUGCUGCAACUGAUCAUGAGCCAACAGAUGCCCGCAAGUCUUUUCCCUGCUUCGACGAACCCAACAAGAAGGCCACAUACAACAUCUCCAUCAUUCAUGAUUCUGACUAUAGUGCUCUGUCCAACAUGCCACUGCAGGGCUCCCCUCAACAAUUGCUUAGCAAUAAGCUGAAGACCUCCUUUCAGAAGUCUGUCCCAAUGAGCACCUAUUUGGUAUGUUUUGCAGUGCACCAGUUUGGCUUUGUGGAAAGAACUUCAGCUCGAGGAAUUCCUUUGAGAAUCUAUGCCCAGCCAACGCAGUUAAAAACUGCAGAGUAUGCAGCAAACACAACCAAAAUCAUCUUUGAUUACUUUGAAGAAUAUUUCGAAAUGGACUACUCCAUCUCCAAACUGGACAAGAUAGCCAUCCCUGACUUUGGUACUGGUGCUAUGGAGAACUGGGGCCUCAUCACUUACAGGGAGACCAACCUACUGUAUGAUGAGAAGCAGUCUUCCUCCUACAACAAGCAGCGAGUGGCCAGUGUUAUUGCCCAUGAGCUGGUGCACCAGUGGUUUGGGAACAUUGUGACCAUGGACUGGUGGGAUGACCUCUGGCUGAAUGAGGGCUUUGCCAGUUUCUUUGAGUACAUAGGUGUGGAGGAGGCUGAGCCUUCAUGGGGCAUGCGAGACAUCAUGAUCAUCAGUGAUGUACUUCCUGUAAUGGUGGAUGACGCCCUCCUCUCCUCACAUCCAAUCAUAGUUGAUGUCUCAACUCCAGCAGAGAUCACCUCUGUGUUUGAUGCCAUCUCAUACAGCAAGGGAGCAUCCAUUCUAAGGAUGCUGGAGGACUGGAUGGGCAAAGAUAUGUUCAGAGAUGGCUGUCGAAAAUAUUUGAAAGACUACUACUUCAUGAAUGCCAAAACAGCCAACUUCUGGGCAUCUCUCGCCAAUGUGAGUGGCUUGCCAGUUGCAGAGGUCAUGGACACAUGGACCAAACAGAUGGGUUAUCCUGUGCUUGAUGUGUCUGUGUCGGAGACUGAUGCCAAACUGACACAGAGGCGUUUCCUCCUGGAUCCUAAAGCCAAUGCCAGCAUGCCCCCUUCACCUCUUGAGUACAAGUGGACACUUCCUGUAAAAUGGCAGUCUGUAAAAAGCAGCAAGACAAUGCUGACCAUGUUUGACAAGAGCAGCAAUGAGCAUGUCAUCACUAACUACACACCCACAGUGGACGGUCUGUUGAAGGUCAACAACGACCACAUAGGAUUCUACAGAGUCAACCAUGAUGUGCAUAUGUGGAACACUAUCAGUGAACAACUAAAGCGCAACCACAAGGUGUUUGAUGCAGCUGAUCGUACAAGUUAUAUUGAUGACGUUUUUGCACUGUCAAGGGCAGACAUUAUAGAUUAUGGUAAUGCCUUCAAUCUGACCAUGUACCUGACCAAUGAGACUGACUACAUAGUGUGGGACCGCGUGGCCUCUUCUAUCGCCUAUGUUCGGGACAUGCUGUCAGGUGAUCUCUACAAAAUGUUUCAGAAACUCUUUCUUGGCCAUGUUAACGCAAUCGCAACACAAUAUGGAUGGGAUGAUACAGGCACACAGACAGAAAGGCUACUGAGGGAAACCGUGCUCAGUAUUGCAUGUCAGAUGGGAGAUGAGAAGGCUCUGGCUGAAGCCUCCCGUAUUUUUGACAGCUGGAUUGAUGGAAGUCUCAGCGACGUAGCAGUGAACCUGAGGCUGCUGGUUUACCGAUAUGGCAUGAAGAACUCAAACAGUGAGGCCAAGUGGAAGACAAUGUUCCAGAAGUACAUAGAUUCUACUUUGGCUCAAGAGAAGGACAAGCUUCUGUAUGGACUGGCUUCCGUGGGGGAUGUGGAUCUUUUGUUCAAGCUCCUGGAGGCCACGAAAAAUGAGAGUGUGGUGAGGAGUCAAGAUGUGUUCACUGUGGUGCGAUACGUGUCAUACAACCCACUGGGACAGAGCAUGGCCUGGGACUGGACCACACUGAACUGGGAUUAUCUGGUCAACAGGUACACCAUCAAUGACAGGAACCUUGGUCGUCUACUUAAUCAAAUCACCACCACGUACAACACAGAAGUCCAGCUGUGGAAGAUGGAGCAUUUCUUCAGUCUAACACCAGAUGCCGGUGCUGGGAAGAUGCCCAGGCAGCAAGCACUGGAAACAGUGAGGAACAACAUUGAAUGGUUGAAGAAAAACAAGGAUGAGAUCGAAACGUGGCUGAAGAGCACAGUGUAGAUGUGGAGCACAUGCACAGUACAGUAAAUGUUGUCUUUUUUGUUUUGUUAGUACAUUUAAGAUGAGAUUGUAGUAUUUCUGAAGGGCUAAUGCAGGGGGCUGCUAAUCUGAAUCAACAAUGCAAAAACACAAACCCUCAUUCUUACUUUCAGGUACUUGAAGUGUGGGUGUAUGUGGUACUGACACAGAGAACCUGCAUGUCUGUUCUGUGUGCGCCCCCUGCUGUCUCAUAUAGCCAAGAACCACAUGAGACAUUCACACUAAGUGAAAUCAUGGCUACUAGUGAGGACACAAGAGAAAAAAAGAGUUCAGCCACUUAACAAAAGACUCACCAAAUUUAUCAUUUUAUGUCAUUGAUAAUAAAAUCAAUGAUAUAUUGGAUCUGCCUCCAUUAGUAAGUUAAUGUGUUAGUUAAUGUGUUAUUUUGUGACUUUGAAAUUAUUAAAUUUCACUUUAACACUUUUUGUUUAAUUUUUCACUUGAUCUUUAUUCAGAUUUAACGAAGUGAUACAAUUACCACAUGAGGUAGCAGCAGAUCUUUCUUAUUUGUUUCAAUUUAUACGCAUUCUUCACCUCUACUCUGAUCACAUACCUUGGUAUAAACAGGAGAACAGUAUUUCUGAUUUUCAAGUACCGACAGGGAAAGAUUGCGUACCACUGGUGGUGCACCUACCACAGGUUGAGAACCAAGGGUGUAGAGCGAGAAUAUACAAGCAGCCAAAUGUUAGAUUUGGUGAGACACCAGGUUAAACGAUGUCGGUUCAAAAACUUUGAAUUUCGUCAGGCAUCUUAAAAUUCACCCAGAUAGAUUAAAGUUAUUAUUAAUAUUAUUGUUGUUCAUUAAUUCAUUGUCUAACACUUUAUCCUUCUCAUAAGUGUCAACACCCGCUGACACCCUGGACAGGUCACCAGUUCAUCGCAGGGCAAACACACAGAGUUGAACCUUUCAAUAGUAUAAAGUCGUAGAUUUAUGAGAAUAAAGUUGUAAAGUUACAAGAUUAAAGUCGUAAUAUUCUAACAUUGUUGUUUUAGAACAGGAGAGUUGUUAAAAUGAGGACUGUGGAGCAUUUCGUGGAACUGUACUUUUAGAACGGGUUUUACAAGCAAGGAGAUACUUAAUCUUUUGGCACAUCAGCAUCACAUUGUCAUAAGUAUAAGGACUUUGAAAAGUCCUUAUACUUGCUCUCCUCUUCUAAAACAACAGGUUAGAAUAUUACGACUUUAUUCUCAUAAAUCUACGACUUUAAUCCCAUAAAUUUACGGCUUUAUUCUCAUAAAUUUACGACUUAAAUCUCGUAAAUUAAGACUUUCUCAAAGAAUUUUUUUUCCCUCAAUGUAGCCCUAAUACUCCAUCGUAAUUCAGCGCUGUCCCAAGUGGUAAAAAGUAAGAAUCGCUGAAAACAUCUGAUUAACAGCAUUUCUUCCACUCCCAGUAAAGUCAUAUAGAGGUGAAGCCAUUAAAACAUGAAUGAAUGUCAACUCAGGACAUUCUUAUUGGUCAGAAACCUGUUUAAACUUGGGGUCUAACUUUAUUUGACUUCAGCCUUUUUUUUAGUGGUUAACAUCUGGUUUUCCUUGUGAUCCACUUGUGUUUUCACUGAGGGAGUGCUUGUCUGAAGCAGUUCUGGGCUUAGGGGCCAGUACGGGGUGCACAGUCAGUGCUGGCCAUUAGUGCCACAUACGAGGACACUUAUCAUGUUAAGUGUACUCUAAGAGCUCUUCACAGUAGCAAAAUUAAUAUUUUCACCUAAGUCUGUGUCUGUGGUCAACAAUAAUAAAUGAUAUAGUUUAUUUUCAUUAAUCAGAAUGUGAAGAAAUGUUAAAAUAAUGAUGUAAAAAUAUUUUACUGUUGUCCAUAUACAGACACAAAUAGGUGUAAGUCAUGAAGCACAGUUUUUGACUAUUUAUUGUAAACUAAUUGUAUUUUAAUCUCACCAGUGGUUUUUCAUCACAUUGCUAGGGAAAGGUGCCAUUUUAUCACUGAAUGAUUUUCUUCAAAAUGUAUUUUGACUAACGAUCCUUUUUGCUUUGGUUCUCAUCACCAGAUGAAUAUUUAUACUGGCGCUUAAACCAGUAGCACUUUAUUUAAUUUUUGUUUUCAACAAGUAACAAUUGUGAAUAUUUGAUACACUCGUUUGAACUGUUUUGAAUUGAAUUAAAAUGACUUCAAAGUAACUAUG